AUGAGUACUUUGGGGGCUGCUGAGUUGCCAAAUCUUCGUUAUCCCCAAGUGAGCAAAGUGACGGUGUAUCUGGUGCGUAACUUGGAUGAUACCUCAGAACGCUCGGCCUGUGAGAAAGGAUCAGUCAAAGAGUUGCGCCAGCAUAUACUUGCCAAGAACAUAGCCUACGACUGCCAAGAGAAUCCGGCGCACGCAAUGUAUUAUCAAUGCCUUCGACAUCCGAUGCAUGAACGAUGCAGAACGACAGGGAACGCCAGUCGGUUGGUUGGCAAUGCAAUCUUGAUCAUCAUGUCAUACGUUAAUCUCAUAUUCCGCCUGCCUGAACAAACAUAA